AGGGGCGGGCGGCGCAUGCGUAGGCGGUCUGCGGGGCUCCGGGAGCCCCUCCUUCCUCUCCUCUCUCCGCUCCCGCCGGUGGUUGUCACUCGGUACCUGCGGGACUCUGGACGGGAGGAUGGAUUUCGAGAAUCUUUUCUCCAAACCCCCCAACCCGGCCCUGGGCAGGAAGCCGGUCACGGACUCCGACGUCAUGGAUUCCGACGACAGAAUCGAUGAUGAAAUAGAUGAUACAGAAGUUGAAGAAACACAAGAAGAGAAAAUAAAAGUAAAAGUGGAGUGUGAGCAUAUUUCCAAAAAAUUUGGAAACUCUACAACAUCACCAAAGAAUUUGCUACAUAGAAAAUCAAGAAGUAAGGACUAUGAUGUAUACACUGAUAAUAUCUGCAAUCAGGAACCAGAAGAUAAUUUUGCAAAAGAGCUUCAACAGUAUAUACAAGCCAGAGAAAUGGCAAAAGCUGCUCAGUCCUUAUUGUCUCAUGAAGAAUCCAUGAAGAAAGAGGAAGCAAAGUGUACACAGGAAGGUAAAGGUAAAACUAUUUUAUCAUUUAAAGAUGAUAAACCUAAAGAGAAUCAGCAACACGUGCAAAUGAGUCAGGGGUUCAUCAACCAACAUACAGUGGAGCGAAAGGGAAAGCAAGUUUGUAAAUAUUUCCUUGAAAGGAAAUGUAUUAAGGGAGACGAAUGUAAAUUUGAUCAUGAUGCAGAGAUAGAGAAGAAAAAGGAAAUGUGUAAAUUUUAUGUACAAGGAUAUUGUACCAAAGCUGAAAACUGUCUGUAUUUGCAUAAUGAAUAUCCUUGCAAGUUUUAUCACACAGGAGCAAAAUGUUAUCAAGGCGAGGGCUGCAAGUUUUCCCAUGCUCCUCUGACUGCUGAAACACAGGAACUUUUGGUUAAAGUUUUAAACACUGAAAAGAAGUCAUCAUGAAAACCAAAAACAUAAAAAUAAGCCAAAGGCAAGGUGAUAAAUAUGAGCCAAGAAUCAAACCUACAUUCAUUGUCCGAGUCCACCUUUCUGCUCACCCCUCUCCACCGAAGGCCGCGUUCACUGCCUCGGCUCCUGUUGACAGCACACAGCACGAAGCCGGUGUGAGAAAGGAGGAAACAAGACAUCCGCAAGGAAAGGACCUAUUUAGAGGGCUGAGAGGAGAGGAGAGAAUGUGCAUGUUGACUAGGGAGGGACAAGCUGCCCAGCUCACCUCAAAGUGGUGUUGGUUCCUGUGAAAUGUGCAACACUCCUUUACAUCAUUUAAAAAUGUGGGGGAAGUAAACAUUUUUGGUUAUUAUGUCACUAAUUCUGAGGUACGUGUUUGUAGUUAACAUCUCUAAGGUUGGAGUGUCUUUUUCAGUUGGUAUAAUGUCACAUUUUAAUUGUCAGCUUAUUUUUAUUAGUACAUGAAUAAUGGCUCUUGUUAAGUUGGUGACAUGUUUAGAUUUGAAUGUAAUUUUAAACUGAAGUUGUACAUGUAUAUAGUCAAAAGUUUACUGUGAAAUAAAAUUUGUUAUGAAAUUUAUUUUGGAUUAAUAAAUUAUGAAAACA